AUGCACUUCUUUGACAAAGCGACUGUCUACGCUAUCCUCUGCGGUAGCGUGGGCCAGACUGCUCACGCUGCCGCCGUCACUACUCCUCCUGCUUCUGUUCCAAACCCUCCUUCUCCUGAGCCCAUCACGCUCAAGCAACUGCCUCUUCCUCCCAUCUCGCCCAGCGACGACGUCGGUGCUUGCACGAAGCAGAUCAACUCUCGCGGAACAGGAUGUCUGGCCAACGGCGUCUUUGAAACGUUCCAGUCUGGCGACUUUUUACCUGAUGGAAAGCAUGUUAUCGCCAUGGUCACCUUUACUGGUGCGCCUGCUGCUCCGGCUGCGGGAAGCAUCUACUCUGGCCCGCAGGUCAUCAUCGUCAAGACGGAUGGCAAGACGUUUCCUAACGGAGACCCGUGGAAGUGCAUCACUUGUGGUGUUCCUGAGGAGAACGCCGUUGGAAUCAGCGUCAAGUAUGACUAUCCUCAGGCCUUCAAGGAUGGCAAACGUCUUCUCAUCGGACACAACAUCCUCGACUGCGGUACCAACCAGUUGACUAGCGAGGCUUGCAAGCCAGAGAACACUUACAUCUACCCUCUCCGCUGGAAUGUUGCUGCCGACGGUUCUGGCCCGAGCGGUGAUAUUCGUGAGCUGCGACUGCACCCGGAUAAUGUUCAUCUCGAGUUUAGCUCCUUCACCUUUGCUAGUGGCAGUAUUGGACAAUAUGCUUACUUUUCACGGCUUGUAUUCAACCCUUCGCCAAAGACUGGAACCCCCCUGGCGCCGCGAUAUGACCUAGAAAAGGUUACCAUUCUGCACAAUCCCAAAGGAGUCGCCCCCAUCACGGCCAAGGGCAAGGUUCUUUCUUUGAACCCUCAGGCUAUCUCUGUUGGCGAGGCUCGUGGCUUCAAUGGCGACGGAACAGAGCUCACCUAUGUCGGAAGCAACAUUGAGAGCUGCAACAACGAUGUGUUUGCUGUUCAUCUUCAAACUGGAGUUGUUCGCCGUCUUACCAACCACCCUGAGUAUCCCGACCCUCUGGCUUUCUCGCCUGAUAACAAGUGGAUGGCUGUUAUGGAUACUCGGGGAAGUGGUCGCAACAUGUUUAUUGCUGGCAUGCGAGGAAUUCCGCCUCUGGUUGAUAUUGUUGGUGGUAUUCUUCCAGCGUCGUCUCGCAACAACGGUCUUCGUCGGUUCUUCCAGCCGUAUCUGAUCGACUUUUACGGUGACCGUGGCAACUACUAUGGCCAGAAGAUCAACGGAGAUAACAACGGCGUUCCCGGAAGUGGUGCCAUCAACGACCCUGAGUGGAACGGCAUGGCUGAUCCGCGAUGGUCUCCUGAUAGCAGGCAGCUUGUCUUUUGGCAGACUCACACCGUCUCUCCUUCUUGUGGCGGUGCAAACCCUCUCCCUUGCUACCCGUCCAAGGAGCAAGGUGGCCGCAACUAUCGCAUGUAUAUUGCAACCUUUACUAGCCGCAGCCCAAGCCCUCCUGCCCCGGUGAAGGAGCACUCCGAUACCAUUCCCUGGGGCGUCCCGUACGUUCCAGGAUCUCAGGUUACUCCUACGCCGGGCUUGGCGGGUGGUAUCUACACACUCUACGGCAAGGCUUCCGGCGAGGCCAAGGUCAAUAUCACCUGGGGCCAGGCACCCGAGAUCGGUACCGUCAGUGUCGUGUACAAGAACUAUUCGCUCGACGGUAAGAGCUUCCUCAACGGAAACGAGAGUGUGACGGGGUCUGUUGAGAGACUAACCGACUUUUCCUUUGACUGGUAUUCGGAUAUUCGUCAGACGGGAGCUGUCAAGGGAAGCAAGAAGACGAGCCCGGGUGGAUACCAUGCCAAUAUUGAUGUUAUGAUCAAUGAUUUGACUUCGAAUGGUACUCUUACUACGACUUUGGAUGGUGUUGAGUGGCGUAGCCCUCAGAGCGGUACUUAA